UUCUUCAGUAAAAAAAAAAUGGUUAUUUCUUCGAACUCAUGCCUGAGCUUCAUUGGUUUAUUGUUAUGUCUCUGGAGCAGGACAGCAUCCUCGCUGAAUCUUGAAGACCCUAAUGUGUGCAGUCACUGGGAAAGCUACUCAGUGACUGUGCAAGAGUCAUACCCGCAUCCCUUCGAUCAAAUUUACUACACCAGCUGCACUGACAUUCUGAACUGGUUUAAAUGUACGCGGCACAGAAUCAGUUAUCGGACGGCCUAUCGACAUGGAGAGAAAACUAUGUAUAGGCGCAAAUCUCAGUGUUGUCCUGGAUUUUAUGAAAGCCGGGAAAUGUGUGUCCCCCACUGUGCUGAUAAAUGUGUCCACGGUCGCUGCAUUGCUCCGAACACCUGUCAGUGUGAGCCUGGCUGGGGUGGGACCAACUGCUCUAGUGCCUGUGAUGGUGAUCACUGGGGGCCCCACUGCAGCAGCCGGUGCCAGUGCAAAAACGGGGCUCUGUGCAACCCCAUCACGGGGGCUUGCCACUGUGCUGCAGGUUUCCGGGGCUGGCGCUGCGAGGACCGCUGCGAGCAGGGCACCUACGGUAAUGACUGUCGCCAGCGAUGCCAGUGUCAGAAUGGAGCCACCUGUGACCACGUCACGGGGGAAUGCCGCUGCCCGCCGGGAUACACUGGAGCCUUCUGUGAGGAUCUUUGUCCCCCCGGCAAGCACGGCCCACAGUGUGAGCAGAGAUGCCCCUGCCAAAAUGGAGGAAUAUGUCAUCACGUCACCGGAGAAUGCUCUUGCCCUUCUGGCUGGCUGGGCACAGUGUGUGGUCAGCCUUGCCCUCAGGGUCGCUUUGGAAAGAACUGUUCACAAGAAUGUCAGUGCCAUAAUGGAGGGACGUGUGACGUUGCCACAGGCCAGUGUCAUUGCAGCCCAGGAUACACAGGGGAACGGUGCCAGGACGAGUGUCCCGUUGGCACCUACGGAGUUGGCUGUGCGGAGACCUGCCAAUGUGUCAAUGGAGGGAAAUGUUAUCACGUGAGCGGUUCGUGCCUCUGUGAAGCAGGCUUUGCUGGCGAGCGUUGCGAGGCACGUCUGUGUCCAGAAGGGCUGUAUGGCAUCAAGUGUGACAAGCGGUGUCCCUGCCACCUGGAUAACACUCAUAGCUGUCACCCCAUGUCUGGAGAGUGUGCCUGCAAGCCGGGCUGGUCGGGACUCUACUGUAAUGAAACAUGUUCCCCUGGAUUCUUCGGGGAAGCUUGCCAACAGAUCUGCAGCUGCCAAAAUGGGGCUGACUGUGACAGUGUGACUGGAAAGUGCACCUGUGCCCCGGGAUUCAAAGGAAUUGACUGCUCUAUCCCAUGCCCGCUGGGAACCUAUGGGAUCAACUGUUCCUCUCCCUGUGGUUGUAAAAAUGAUGCUGUCUGCUCACCUGUGGACGGGUCUUGUACUUGCAAGGCAGGCUGGCACGGGGUGGACUGCUCCAUCAGCUGUCCCAGCGGUACGUGGGGCUUCAGCUGUAACUUAACCUGCCAGUGCCUCAACGGCGGGGCCUGCAACACCCUGGACGGGACGUGCACGUGUGCACCUGGAUGGCGCGGGGAAAAAUGUGAACUUCCCUGCCAGGACGGCACGUAUGGGCUGAACUGUGCGGAGCGCUGUGACUGUAGCCAUGCGGACGGCUGCCACUCCACCACGGGCCACUGCCGCUGCCUCCCUGGAUGGUCAGGUGUCCACUGUGACAGCGUGUGUGCUGAGGGACGCUGGGGCCCCAACUGCUCUCUGCCCUGCUACUGCAAAAAUGGGGCUUCGUGCUCCCCAGAUGAUGGCAUCUGUGAGUGCGCGCCAGGGUUCCGAGGCACCACGUGUCAGAGAAUCUGCUCCCCCGGUUUUUAUGGGCAUCGCUGCAGCCAGACGUGUCCACAGUGUGUGCACAGCAGUGGGCCCUGUCACCACAUCACGGGCCUGUGCGACUGCUUGCCUGGCUUCACAGGUGCUCUCUGCAAUGAAGUGUGUCCCAGCGGCAGAUUUGGGAAAAACUGUGCAGGGGUUUGUACCUGUACCAACAAUGGAACCUGUAACCCCAUUGACAGAUCUUGUCAGUGUUACCCGGGUUGGAUUGGCAGUGACUGCUCUCAACCUUGUCCGCCUGCCCACUGGGGCCCGAACUGCAUCCACACGUGCAACUGUCACAACGGGGCCUUCUGCAGCGCCUAUGAUGGGGAAUGUAAAUGCACUCCCGGCUGGACGGGGCUGUACUGCACUCAGAGAUGUCCUCUGGGUUUUUACGGAAAGGACUGUGCGUUGAUAUGCCAGUGUCAAAAUGGAGCUGACUGUGACCACAUCUCUGGACAGUGUACAUGCCGGACCGGGUUCAUGGGGAAGCACUGUGAACAGAAGUGCCCUGCAGGAACAUAUGGCUAUGGCUGUCGCCAGAUAUGUGACUGCCUGAACAACUCCACCUGCGACCAUAUCACUGGGACCUGUUACUGCAGCCCAGGCUGGAAGGGGGCGCGAUGUGAUCAAGCUGGUGUCAUAAUCGUUGGAAAUCUGAACAGCUUGAGCAGGACCAGCACGGCUCUCCCUGCUGAUUCCUAUCAGAUCGGGGCCAUCGUCGGCAUCAUCAUCCUGGUGCUGGUUGUUCUCUUCCUCCUCGCGCUGUUCGUUAUUUAUAGACAGAAGCAGAAGGGAAAGGAAUCGAGCAUGCCAGCAGUUACCUACACCCCUGCUCUCAGGGUCAUGAAUGCAGACUAUGCCAUUUCAGAAACCCUUCCCCACAGCAACAGCGGAAAUGCUAACAGUCAUUACUUCACCAACCCCAGCUACCACACGCUUACCCAGUGCGCCACAUCUCCGCACGUCAACAACAGAGACAGGAUGACCAUCGCAAAGUCAAAGAACAACCAGCUGUUUGUGAAUCUGAAAAAUGUGAAUCCCGGGAAGAGGGGCCCUGUGGCGGACUGCACGGGGACGCUGCCGGCAGACUGGAAACACGGCGGCUACCUCAACGAGCUUGGAGCUUUUGGACUUGACAGAAGUUAUAUGGGAAAAUCCUUGAAAGAUUUGGGAAAGAAUUCUGAAUAUAAUUCAAGUAACUGCUCCCUAAGCAGUUCUGAAAACCCAUAUGCCACUAUUAAAGACCCACCUGUACUGAUCCCCAAAAACUCAGAGUGUGGCUAUGUGGAGAUGAAGUCACCAGCACGGAGAGAUUCCCCAUAUGCAGAGAUCAAUAACUCAACGUCAGCCAACAAGAAUGUCUAUGAAGUUGAACCUACAGUGAGUGUUGUCCAAGGAAUAUUCAGCAACAAUGGGCAUCUUACCCAGGAUCCAUAUGACCUCCCAAAGAACAGUCACAUCCCUUGCCACUACGACCUGCUGCCGGUCCGAGACAGUUCCUCCUCCCCCAAGCAAGAGGAUGGUGGCAGCAGCAGCAGCAGCAGCAGCAGCGAAUGACACCAAAGAUCCACCUGGUAGCCACUGGAAGUUUCCAGAACUGCAGUUGGUUCUUCUCUAUCCUCGAGUUUGCCACCUUAUGGGAAUGUUCAUCUCCCUGGUAGGCAACUGUUGGACGUGAACCAGAAAGCUCAAAGCUGAGGCUGGCUGAUCGUAGGUCCUUCUUGUACUGGUGACCUGGAAGGAGAUAUCAGUGUGACUUCCUAUUCUUCUUAGUUUUAGAACUGCGCUCGUGAAGCAUGACUUCCUAUAAGAUCUUGGCUAAAAGCAUGAACUUGUAGAAGUCCUUGGGAGGGAGUUGUGGGCUGCAGUGACAUUGGUGUUUGGUUGAACCAUUAAAAUCUGAGUAUUUUCUUUCUCAUUUGCAUUGCAGACCUGUACCUAGGAUUGUGCAGUUUAUCAUAAAAUCUGGUGUGAAUCACUAAACAUGUAGAAGAAAAGGGGAGUAUUAUUGAGUCCUUACAUUUUUUUUUUUUUUUGCACCUGGAUUUAGAAUUAUAGGGAUAAUAUGAACCCAGGAAGAAAAGUUCUGUCGAGUAGCAUACUGGAUAGACUUUGAAUAAACUCUAGAACUGGUUAGCAAAUUUAUAUAUGAAAACUUUAGACUUUUUUAGGAUGAAGAAAUAAAAAAUUAGAAUUAUUUUAGCUAUAAUAGCAUUAUUUCAGAAAUCACUGUCCAGAUGUGGCAGGCAGAGGUUAAUCUUCUUUGACCCUUGGCCCACUUUAGAUCCGUGACAUCAUUCUGAUCCCUGUCCCAUCAUACACAUUCACCAUGUAAGGUCCAUGACAUAUCAAUAAUUAUUUCAUAAAUACAGAAAAUAGAUUGUUUUAUUUUUGACAGACGGGAUUGAACGAGUGUAUAAUGAUUGGAAAAGGGUGUAAAUUUUAAGUGUAAGAAGACGUUUUGGUUUUGUAAACCAUUAGCGACACAUGCUGUAAUAUAGAAUUAGCAGAAAGUUUUGAUUAAUUUUUCCCUAGACGUGACCGAAAUAUUUUUGUGCAUAUUUGAGAAAAGGGCACUUUCCUUUUAUUAAUUGUCGAUUUAGAGAAACUAUGCUUAAGCUGGUCUUUUGCAUUGCUAAUAUGACAUGUACCCCGUUUUUCAUUAAUUUGUAUUUCCAUUUUUAAGUUGUAUAGUCUACGUUUUGUAGUGCUUGGAUUGUUAAGGAAAAAAAUAUGUUAUAUGUUCUCUGUUUCUUGUAUUAUUGCCACUUAUCUUUUUGCCUGACAAAAAUGCAUUGUUCUUUCUUUCCUUUUGGAGGGAGGAGAUGAGAAUAUAUAAAAUCAAAUCUAUUAAAAUUGGUCAUUACUAAAAUAGUAAAGUAACCAUAGGCGAAUGGCUCAUGCUUGAAAUAGAGAAACUUGUUACUAUUUCAAAAUGGAGCUCCUUUUGAUUUGUGUGUUCUGAGUCUUGGUUAAAGCGGGGAGAAGGGGAGCGAGGAACCAUUGGUUAUUGAGCAUGUACUACAGGCUGUUCUUACGAAGACCUUCAUUAGGGUGAUUACAUAAUUGAUCAUCCAAACUGGGACACUUUUGAGUGUAAAUGAGGGCAUUAUUAAUAAUUAACCUGCAAUGGGCCUAAAUCUGGACCGUCCCAGGUAACCCAGAAUGGACGCUCAUCCUGUGCAUACCUAUCAGGCAAUAAUAUUUUUCGCUUCAAAGCAGUUGUCUCAAGAGAAUGCCAAUAGAAUGGAAGAAAGCUGGUUUCUCUUUGACCUACCUGAGCAAGCGGAAGGGCUAAAAAGCUGCCUGAGGAAGCGACUUCAUGAGAAAGAACGAUUGGUUGUGAAUCUUUAAAGGCAUGAAACCCUCUGUGGUAUCCUGUCUCGGUGAGUCACUUAACCUAUGUGUAUUGUGUAUCCAUUCUGCCAGUAGCAUACGUGAGGCACUGUCCCUGCCAGUUAUUGAGUUGUCACUUAUCUGCAGGGAUUUCACGUGACACACCAGCACCUGUGAUGGCGACUUGGUCAGGGAGGUGAUAGAACACACACCUGCAGCGUUCACUCCUUUGAUGGCUUGGCUGCUUCUUACAGAGAACCCCAAAGUUAACUCAAGGAAACACAGAAUUACCUGGAGCACACCUUAGAAACAAUUGAUUUUUUCCAACAGUUAGCCUUAGGCUGACCCUUGGACUGUAGGGAGUAGGUGUCAAAUUGAGACACUUGUGGCCUUUUUUGGUUAAGAAAAGAACCUUUUUCCCCUUCUUUUUAAAGCAGCAUCUCUUCAGUGCUCCGCGAUACAUUGAGUUUCCCCGUUAUUCCUUAGAGAUAGUUGAACAAAAACAACUUUCUUUUUCUCAUUCCACUACAUAAAAAAAACAAAAACCAAAAAGACAACCCUGAAAUCUUCACGUACAAAGGCAACAGCAUCUCCAGCAGAAAGCCUGGGCAGCAGAUGCCGACUCCAACGGGGCUCUGCCGUCCGUCCCUGUGUGUUCUUUCUGGCAACUCAGUUGCUCAGGGUUGCUGCUGUCCUGACACUGCAUUUGCAUCAGAGGUGAGUCUUACUCACCAGGGUUCACUCAAGAUAUUUCAAACAACAGAACACAUACAGCGUUUUGGAAAUGGUAAAACUACAUGUUGUAUUUGAGAGGUCUGGUUAAGAAGUCAAAACUUCCUCGAUAUUUUAUAUUGAUUUGGGUAAAGAGAGAAAUACUUCUGUCAGAAUGAAAUUUAAAAGACAAAAGGACCCAACACAUUUUUAUUUUCCCUGAAAUGACCACCUUUGGACUCUUCCAGAGAUGUCAAAUGUAAGUUAAUGUGAUGUCAUUCAUCACACGCAGUGAAUCUGUUCUCAUGACCUUUGAAUUCAUUCAUUUGGGACCAUAAAAUUAAUUUCUUCUCUACAUCCUACAGUGGUCAGAGCAGGGCAUGAGUUUGUCAAUACAAAGGAAAAGCCGUUCACAUGGGAAUGUCAGCCAAACUAUUCUUUCCCUAGAGGUUGAUGUAACAGAAAAUUUAUAAACUAUUUGUAUUUUGUAUAAAUACAUCAAAAUUGGCCCGAUUAAUAGCUUACGUACGUGCAUCAAUAUGGAGAAUAUGUUAUUUAUAGGUAAUUAUAUGAUAAGGAAUAUUUCAUAAUUAUUUACAAUACUUGAUAUAAAUUCCUCUCACAUGCUAUAGUAGUUAUGCUAAGAAAGAACUUAAUGUGUUUAGCAUUUUCUCUAUGGUAAAUUACAUUCACCAAUUUUAGGAAAAACAAUAUGGAAUUUUAUAAGAUAGUUAUAACCUCCCAGCCAAUUCCAUUAGCACAACCAACGUGUUUUGAGAGAAACGCAAACAACUUUAGGAAAAUGUGGACAUCCAAAGAGCCACAGCAGUACUUGACAAUUAUUGGGGAUUUUUAAUCCACGUAUAUUGAAAAAGUUGUACAAAAGGAUUACCCUACUCUUUAGAAUUCGUGUCAUUACUAGAAGUCCGGUUACCACUUAAAAUAAGAUAAAGUCCUAAAAAAAUUACAUUUUAAGGUUACGUUUUCUUUCAAAUAACAAAUUUUCUAUCUUUGGGUAAUGUCUUUGUUAUUUGAACCAAGUAUUUAAUAGAUACUUUGGUCUUAAAGGCUUUAUGUCACGGAAGUGUAUAUAGAUGUGCAAGUGUGAGUCCCGUGGUGUGGAUGAGUGCUUAUUUCUUGACUAAAGAUGUACAGCAAACUACCCUUUUAGGGUCUUCCUACUAGUGGUGAUCUAACAUUGGGUCUGCUUGUUUUCAUUCCGUAUUUAGUCCAGGCUUCCUUUUGAUAUGAACAAAUCGCAACAUAUAUUUUUAAGGAAAAAAAAUCCAAAUACAUAAGAAUUUUCUUGAUUGUAGCAAACAAAAAAAUGCUUUCAGUGUGAAAAUAUCUCUAUUUUCCAAAGAUGGUUAACUUUGGUCAGUAUUCGCCUCCGUUGUCAUUUAUAUCACCAAAUGAGUUUAUAGAUUAAUGCAAUAAACUUUCUAAUUAAAAAAAAAA